AUGAAGCAGUACACUUCCGUCGCGGCUCUUGCCGGCCUGGUCUCCUUGGUCAAUGGCCACGGCUUCGUCACCAGCCCAACUGCCCGUAUGCCCGGUGCCGCCAUGAAGGCUGCCUGCGGUGACCAGGUUGAGGUCAACCAGCUGUCUGACAACUACGGCAACAUUCAGGGCGAGUUACAGGUCGCCUCCUCCCAGAGCGAUUAUAACGCGGGAGAGUGCGACAUCUGGCUCUGCAAGGGCUACAAGUUCGCCGAUAACAAAGACAAUGUUUACUCCUAUACCGCAGGCGAGACCAUUGACUUCACUGUGGAUAUCCGCGCCCCCCCACACCGGUGCUGCCAAUGUUUCUUUGCCCCGAACAACACCGAUUUCAGCGUUACCAUGCCCACCGAUCUUGGUUCUCAGUGUUCUACUGCUGGUGCUUGUGUGCUCCAGUGGUACUGGUAUGCCGAGUCCAUCGACCAGACCUACGAGUCUUGCGUCGACUUUACUGUCGGCGGAUCCAGCUCCGGUGCCGCGGAGGUCAGCUCUUCUGCUGCAGUCUCCUCGUCCGCAUCUGCGCCUACUUCUACUUUGGUUUCCUCUGCUGCUGAGACUUCCGCUGCUGUCGAGACAACUGCUGCCGUCCAGACUUCGACUCUUGCUGUUGUAGCUACCACCACUUUAGCCACUCAGGCUCGUGCCUCUGCCGCUCCCUCGGAGCAGGCUCAGUCGAUCACCACCAGUGUGACUGCUACCGCUGUUGCUUCCAACUUGUCUAUUCCUACCAGCGGCACUGACUCAGAGAAGCUUGGCUGGGUCGAGAGUGUGUUCAACUACCUCGUUAAUGGCAACUAG